UGUGAGGAGACUGAUAAGUAUAUAUUUUGCUGCUGCCUUUGCAAAGAUACUAAUGAGUGUACAAUUGAAGACUUGCACUACAUAACACCUUAUAUUGCCAACAAAUACUAGUUCAUAUUUGGGAUAUUUAAGCACUGAUACUUGGAUGUAUUUAUAAAUCUCUUCCACUAACACUGGAUUUCCUUUAGUUUACGCAUAAGUUUUGAUGAGAAAACACAAAAAAAGUUAAAGCAACUACUGCAUCUCAAUUUUGUGUCUUGUUAAGUGAUAUUCAAAAUCUAUAAAUCUUCUACAAUCAGUUGUUAAAGCUGUGGUUGGUUCAAUCCUUUGAACAACUGUAGCUUGUCAUAUGUCAGUGUUUGUCAUAUCCUGUUGUGAAAGUGAAAAUGGAGAAUGAGUGAGCCUUUAAUAGCCAAUGACUCACAGUUUGGGUUUACAUUUUAACUAAUUGAAUGGACAGAAUAAACCACAGCACUGCCAUAUUUAGUACUGAGUGGGUGUUGGUGUGCUUGGUUCACUUAACCCUCUUACUUUUACAACAGAUAUUCUGAAUAGUGUUGAAAUGUACAAUGGUAGAUUUAACAUCAGUUAUAUAAUUCUUCUGAACGGCUCACUCUGGGUUAUAACAUAAGGGGCCGCAGCAUCACAGCUGGUUUGCUGGCAAAAAAAAUCAAUAGCAGAUGAAUCAGUUUCUGUUUACAGUUUGGUUCAUUGAACUGAGAGUGAGUUGACCUGCAGUCCUGCCUGGGGCCAGAAGUUUAGCGCUGGGUGAGGAGGUGGAUAAACUGAUUCCACUUCCGCAACCCAUCACCACUGUCUAUAUGAUGCUGUUGAUGAGGUUCAUAUGCACCUACACAACUGAUGUAUAAAAGGUGGUAUUACUUCUCUUGUUAAGAUAGUCAAGUAAAGGUUUGUAAUUAGUGUGACAAGCCUCUCAAUAUCCUGAAUUUGUAAGAAAGUCUUGUUUCAGUUGAGUUCAAACUUAACAAAAUAUUCACCCAAAACAAGAGCUGGUGUCUCCUAUCAUAUGACUCAGAUGGGGUAGUGUUUUGUAGAGUUACUCUCCUGAGACAGAUGAAUCGAUUGCCUCUGGUAGGAGGGAUGAGAUACUUGGUGUGGUGCGUAGGCGUGCAUGAAUUUGCUCCAGCAUAUUGCUACAUCAUUAAAUAAAUGUCUGGUCUGAGUGUCGGGGGGGCAGCUGUCAUGGUUACUCCGAGGUUACCAUGCUGUGGAUGUCUAAAUAUACAAAGUGCAUCCCCCAUAGGUUAGAGUUUCUACAUAAAAUUUGAUUUAGUAAAAGGGCAAAAUGUGCACAGAUUGUUUUAAGUAAAAGUGCUCAUGCAAAAUGGCUCCUUUAACAACUGCAGGUAGGUGUUAAUGGUCUUUUAGGGACUGUAACAUCUGAGAGAGUGGUAGCUUUGUUUCAUCUCUGUUAUUUUAUGGCUCUUUUUAGUUGUUUGGCAUCUCUUAGAUUUGCCUUUUGGUCAUUUAGCAACACCGUUCGGUUGUUUUAUGUCUCUUUAUGGUCUUUUUUCAUCCCUUUGUCUUCAUUUUUUGUCUCUUCUGAGACAUUUUGCAUCUCUCUGAAGUUAUUUUGGGUCUCUUUAUGGCUCUUUUGCAUGUAAACAGAGCUCUGUGACUUACAAAAAGAGGAAAUAUAAACUUCAUACAGAGGCUCAGGUAGGCCUGUUCUGUAAUCCAUCUAUGCUUACAUACCAUCUCUUUUUGGCCACAGCAAGUCAGGGAAGGUUGAGAAAUCCUGCUCGAAAAGUCCCUCCAGCUAUCGCUUCCCACCUACGCACCUGCUGAGAUUAACCUGUGUGGACAAAGUGGUGUAAUAAUUAAUGGGGAAAAUGUGAAGAUAGACGGAAGGUUAUCAAACAAUAAACUUGUAAACGUGUACAUUGUACUAUUUAAACUACAGUGUCAUAAUUAAAACUGCAAAAUUAAAGUUUUGUGUUGCUAUUUUGUUCACGUGUACGUUUUGGGGGUGGUGGAUAAACACUGAAUGACACAUAGGGAGAAAAAGAGAGGGCUCGCGCUCCCUCCCACCGCUCGUGCGCACCGACUGUGACUGCGCUCCUCUUCCCUACAUUCAAACAUGGCGAAACUCUUUGCCAUUAUACCACCACCACCUUCAUCCUCCUCCACUUCAUCGCCACCAACACCACCACCUCCUCCUCCUCCACCACCACCAUCAUCAUCAUCUUCACUAUCAUCAUCACCACCAUUAUCUCCGGUACCGUGAUGACCCGGGAGGAUGGAGAAGUUGUCGGCGAGCCUGUCGGAGAUCACUUGGAGCCCGUUGGCGCUGCCGUUGGACGCGGUGGUCAGCAAGUACCGUCUGCCCACUCUGGUCCGUCUGGCCCACGGUGAAUGUGUGGAGGGUCUGUCAGAGGAGGAUGUGGUGCUGUUACACUCCUGUCGUCAGUGGACCACAGUGACGGCCCACAGCUUAGAGGAGGGACACUACGUCAUUGGACCCAAGAUAGACAUCCCUCUGCAAUACCAGGGCAAGUUCAAGUUGUUGGAUGAGGACCGGGACGUCAGGGAUCCAGUCCAGUACUUCUCCAGUGUGGAGGAAGUUGCUGGAGUCUUCCCUGAUCGGGUCUUCGUCAUGGAGACAAUCACCUUUAGUGUCAAGGUGGUUUCAGGGGAGUUCAGCGAGGACAGUGAGCCCUACAGCUUCACUCUGCAGGCUGGAGAUGAGCUGUCACUCAUGGGGAAAGCGGAGCUUCUCUGUGCCACGCCCUCCAAGGAGAAGACAGGGCUGAGCGCGCUCCUGAGACGCUUGGGAAAGACCCCUAGAAGUAAAACUCCCUGCCUGGUCUGUAUGAACCAUCGCACCAAUCAGAGCGUCAGCCUGCCCUUUGGCUGCCGUGGACGCUUUUGCACACGCUCCCCCCUGGAACAAGGCAUGCUGGGAGGGGAGCACACAGUACGCAGCAUAAUCGAGAGGGUUCGCCUCCCCGUCAACGUGUCCGUACCUUCCCGGCCGCCACGAAACCCCUACGACCGGCACGUGGUCCGAGAGGGCCACCGCUACAAGCUGCUCAACAUCGUCAGCAAGACGGUGGUGCUCUGCAUGGUGCUCCGCAGACAGGAAGUCUCCCCCUCCCACUUCCUGCUGCUGCGCUGCAUGCCCAGGUUUAAUGUGGCCGAGGCCUCCGUUCACACGGCGGCGCUGGAGAGUCUCCUGCUGCGCCAUGCCUUUGACCCAGACGCCUACUCUCGUGCUGUCAGGGAAACCCGGCCGGAGCUGGAGUGUAUGACAGAGGAGUGUGUGAGCCCGCGGCGCUCUCGCAUGUGUGUGUCGGGUCAGGACUCGUUGGCACCGGCACUGCAGCGCCUCUCAAUGUGCGGGUACGGGGGUGGGGUUUCGGACAGCCUAACACAGCGCUGCAGGGACUCUCUUGGAGAGAGACUGGGGGAGGGACCAGGUGAGGAGAGGGAGUACGUGACUCCCGAGUGGACUGAGGCUGAAAUGAGGACCAGUGAGGAAAUCCCUUACGAGGAACUCUGGACCAAUCAGAACGCAGAGGGCUUGGGGAAGGAGCCAAACCUCAUCUCCUUCCAUUCGUCUUCCUCAUUGGACGGUUCUCUUGGUACCGUGGUGACAAGAGUGUCUACCCCGCCACCUGUACCUCCAAAAUCUGAUGCUGUGAGAGAGGAGUGUCGCUACUUGAUCGCCCCUCCGGUCCCCCCUCGCUGCUCUAAAGGGGGCUCCAUCUCCAGUCCAGCCCCCAGCCCGCCCGUCCCACCUCGCUUCCCCAAAACCUCCACCUCCCCGAGACCCAACCUCUCCUUCUACUCCUCUGGACUUCAGGACAGCUGCUCACCCUCUCCAGAUGCUUCUCUCUACUGUUACCCGUGCUCCUGGGCAGACUGCCCUGCCCCUAACCCCACCAGUCCUGAGCCAGUCCCCGCCAUCCCCACAGACAACACAGCUAAUCCUCAGCCAGCACAGGCCACCUGGGCAGAGCCGUGGGUGGAUUCCUUCACGCCCUCCGGACCCCGACUCAGGCCGCCACCUCCGCAGAGUCGAUUCGCUCCCUUCGGGGCGUUGAACCCCUUCAACCGCCAGUCCCCUUGCCCCUCGCCUGAGCCAGCCGCCAAUCCUGUCACAGAUUCCUCCAGAGGUGCAGAGGGUGGUGGCGGGACAUCCACGGGGGUCACUGAGGGCUUGUCCCCACCCCCCGACCCCACCUGGCGGCCUCCCGCUGACCUGUCCGCUCUGUCAUUGGAGGAAGUGUCGGCGUGCCUGCGGUUCAUCGGCCUAUCAGAGGCAGCAGUGGCCGUGUUCCAGAGGGAGCGAAUCGACGGCAGCCUCCUGGUGCAGCUGACCGAGGACAUCCUGUCACAUGACUUCCACCUGAGCCGACUCCAUGUCACCAAGAUCACACAGUUCAUACAGGGCUGGAGGCCCAAAAUCUAACACACACACACACACACACACUCUGUCCUGAUAAUGUGCCUGUUGGCUACUGAGCCUUCCUGAAUGUGCCUUCCACUGUGACCAACUGGCUGCUGAACCCCAUUGACUGAAGCUGAGACUUUGCUGAAGGAAACCACGCCACCCUGUGGUCAAACUGUAGAACUGACACUUGAUUGGCUCUCAUUGCGAAGAGUCUCUGACAGACUUGACUGCAUACUUCCUGUCUGAAUCACAGACUGGGACUAGUUUACUAACAAAUGGCUACAACAGAGAGCUACAUGAUGAAAGAGCCCCGUUUCAGUUUGUAUUUGGGGCAGAUAGUCAACCAUGAUACAUCGUCAUGAUAUGAAACAGCAGAAAAGUUCAAGCACUACAUACAUUUGUGCGGUCUUCAUGCUGUGGUCCCACAUAAAAUCUGAUGAGGGGAAAACAUGCCUUUGUUUUACCUAAAAAAAAAUACUAUGACAAGUGAACAGAAUUCCUACAGUUUACACUUUGCAUAAAUUACACCACAGCAAGGGUUUGAAGUGAGUUUUUUUCCAAUAUAAGGGGCAUUAAGGGAUUCGCAGCCUCUAUUGUUGACCAGUAGGAGAUGUAACAACGCAGAUAUAACACUGAACCUGUCCCCUACACGAGUCACAGCCUUCUUCAUCCGUCUCAUUGAGCUUUAGCGGCAUAUAACCGGCAAAAAUAACAAAGUGAGUUUCUAAGGCGAUAAAAGAAGAGCUAGUUGUUCAAACCUAAAUAAAAAAGAAAAAUGCAAAAAGUCUGAAA